AUGUUAGCUCGCUCCCUUCUGCAGCAUAGCAUGAGACAUCGCACUCUAGCCUCCGUCCCGGCCCUGUGGGCCUCCAUCCCCUGUCCACGCUCUGAGCUGCGCCUGGACCUGGUUCUGGCUUCUGGACAGUCAUUCCGGUGGAGGGAGCAAAGCCCUGCGCACUGGAGUGGCGUGCUGGCCGACCAGGUAUGGACACUGACCCAGACUGAGGAGCAUCUUUACUGCACUGUGUACCGAGGGGAUAAGGGCCGGGUUGGCAGGCCCACACUGGAAGAGCUAAAGGCCGUGCGACAGUACUUCCAGCUGGAUGUCAGCCUUGCUCAGCUGUAUCACCAUUGGAGUUCCGUGGACCCCCACUUUCAAGAGGUGGCUCAGAAAUUCCAAGGUGUGCGGCUCCUGCAACAGGACCCCAUCGAGUGCCUCUUCUCCUUCAUCUGUUCCUCCAACAACAACAUUGCCCGCAUCACUGGCAUGGUGGAGCGGCUCUGCCAGACCUUCGGACCUCGGCUCCUCCAGCUUGAUGAUGUCGCCUACCAUGGCUUCCCCAGCUUGCAGGCCCUGACUGGGCCACAGGUGGAGGCUCAGCUCAGGAAGCUGGGCCUGGGGUAUCGUGCCCGCUACGUGAGUGCCAGUGCCCGAGCCAUCCUGGAAGAACAGGGUGGACUUCCCUGGCUGCAGCAGCUGCGCAAGGUCCCCUACGAGGAAGCCCAUAAGGCCCUCUGCACCCUGCCUGGGGUAGGCACCAAGGUGGCCGACUGCAUCUGCUUGAUGGCCCUAGACAAGCCCCAGGCUGUGCCCGUGGACGUCCACGUGUGGCAGAUCGCUCAAUGUGACUACAGCUGGCACCCCACCACCGCCAAGGGUCCGAGCCCGCAGGCCAACAAGGAACUGGGAAGCUUUUUCCGGAGCCUGUGGGGACCUUAUGCUGGCUGGGCCCAAGCAACUCCUCCCCCCCCCGCCAGGUGCUGUUCAGUGCUGACCUGCGCCAACCCCACCGAGCUCAGGAGCCACCAGCAAAGCGCAGAAAGAGAUGCCCAGGGCCAGAAGGCUAGGUGGGGGCACUGGACAAAGGGAUUCCCCAAACACCCCUCCCCACCCCCAUCCAGUCUCAUGUUGGAAAGGGGGCUCCCUGCAGCUACCUCAGGGGCCAGGCACCCUCAAAUCAAGCAGUUUGCGCGACAGUGUGGGAUGGGGGUUGUCCGGGGAGACAGAGCUACCUGUGGUUUUAACCUCUUCCCUUUAUUAUAAGAAGGAACAAUAAAAUAGAAACAUUUGUAUGGAAAA